AUGAAGUUCUUCGCCAUCGCCGCCCUCCUCGCCGCUGUUGCUGUUGCCUCUCCUCUUGAGGAUGCCCUCAACGUCGGCAGCGAAUGGUGGGGCGAUCACGAUCACCACAACGACGACCAUGCCUCUCUUAUAUGCCCCAAAGGCCUCUAUAGCAACCCCCAGUGCUGUGGCUCUUACCUCCUUGGCAUCAUCGGCCUCGACUGCCAUAUUCCAAACGAAAAGUUUUAUGACUCUGAAGAUUUGCGCAAGACAUGCACCAAGACCAAGGAAUCGGCUCUCUGCUGCGUUGCUUCCGCGAGCGAUGAGGCUAUUCUGUGCCAACUUCCUCUGGCCUAA